AUGUUCACCUCCGUCCUUGCCGUCCUCCCCCUCGCCGUCCUCGCCGUCGCGACUCCCGCUCGCCUCGACGUCCGUGGCCAGUGCAACACCGGCUCUGUCAAGUGCUGCAACACGACCACUGACACCGCCAACGAUGCCCUCAGCGGUCUCCUCGGCAUCACUGGCAUCCUCGAGGGUAUCACCGGCCAAGUCGGUCUCGGCUGCAGCCCCCUCUCCGUCAUCGGCUCUGGUGGUGGACAGUGCAACCAGAAGCCCGUCUGCUGCACCGGCAACACCUUCAAGGGCCUAGUCAACCUUGGUUGCUCCCCCAUCAACCUCAACCUCUAA